AUGAUAAAUUUGAGCGGUGGAACUGGAUAUAUUGGUUCAUGUAUAUCUACUGCUUUACAUAAUUUAAAUAUUAAAACUACCAUAAUAUCACGUACACCUGGUAUAGGAAGAAUAACAUGGCAAGAUUUAGAAAGUAAUGGACUUCCUAAGGAUACAAAUGCUGUAAUAAAUGUUACAGGUUUAAAUAUUUUAGAUUUUAAGCAAAGAUGGACCAAAGAAUUUAAACAAAAUAUAUUAAACAGUAGAAUACAGACAUCAAAAAAUUUGGCUAAAGCAUUACAAAAUAUAGAUACUAAAGUUUUUAUUACAAUUUCUGGAGUUUCCUAUUAUCCAGCUGAUGGAAAAGAAUAUUCAGAAAAUGAUAAAUGUGAAAAAUAUGAUUUUUUCUCAGAGUUAUGCCAUAACUUGGAAGCUGCUACAGAACUGUCUGAACAGUGUUUAAUAAGAACAGUAAAUAUUCGAUCAGGUAUUGUUUUAGGUAGAACAGGUGGUAUGAUUAAACAAAUUUUUCUCCCAUUCUAUUUUGGCCUUGGUGGACCAUUAGGUAGUGGUAAACAGUAUAUGCCUUGGAUUCAUAUUAAAGACCUCGUUAAUUUAUUUAUUCAUGUACUAAAAAAGGAAAGUAUCACAGGCAUUUUAAAUGGUGUUGCACCUCAGAUUAUCACAAACAACGAAUUCACACAAGCUUUUGCAUCAUCUUUAAAAAGACCUGCAAUCUUACCCAUACCAGCAGUUUUGUUAAAAACUGUAUUAAAUGAAGAGCGUGCAAAAAUUGUACUUGAAUGUCCAAAAGUUUUACCAAUACAGGUUCUGAAAUCAGGGUUCAAUUAUCAAUAUCCUACUAUUAAAGAAGCUUGUGAUCAAUUUGGAAUUUUGGUUUAUAAAUCAGAACCAUUUUAAUAUGAUUUCAUUUUUGAAAUGUUUGUUGCAUAAUAAAAUAAAUUUAUAUUUUUAUCAGCAUUACUAAUAGUUUUCACAUAUAUAUCCAUGAUUAUCCAAGGAUGGAAGUAUGAUACAAGUGUAAAAAAUUGUUAUUUUAUUGUUUAUUAUAUAAAAAAUAAUUAUGUAUUAAAA